AUAAACAUUCAUGUCAUUAGACACACAUUCAUUGCUCACUCUGGUGGGCGUGAUGUGUAUGUGUGAGUGAGUGCGUGGGAGAGAGAGAGAGAGAGAGAGAGAGAGAGAGAGAGAGAGAGAGAGAGAGAGAGAGAGAGAGAGAGAGAGAGAGAGAGAGAGAGAGAGAGAGAGAGAGAGAGAGAGAGAGAGAGAGAGAGAGAGAGAGAGAGAGAGAGAGCGUCUGAAUUGCUUUCACUGUCCCCGUCUGCAGCGUCAAUGCACCAGGGUCUUGUAUUGUGGAGGGAAAGAAGUGGUAGUUUAGCGAAUGAGAGGGAUAGAGUGAGGGAGAGAGAGAGAGGUACUGUCCAUUAUGGUUCUAAUUAUGCACGUCUUUGCCGUUCAAACUCUUGUGCUCUUGGACCAAAAUGGACGGCUACUGGAGUUCGAUUUCCCCACCACCGUCAUCACUGUCCGUAAUAUCACACGUCAGAGAGUUUGGAGAGAAUAGCAACAACAUAUAUCUUCUAGUGACUCAUUGAAAUAAGCCGAAACCACAUGCACCCCCACCUUCCCAUCCUCUUUUCACGCUGGAGGAUCUGUGACGACAUUAACGGAGAGACAGUCAAGGGGUCUGCAGUGGAAUAGCGCUCUGCGGUGCAACCGAAUGGCGGAGGGGGGCGGCAGGUGCAGAGGAGGAUGCUGAACGGAAACCGUAGGGAACGGACUUACUAAUUUCCCGCACGCGCUCCCGCCACACCGGGACCGAACCGAAAGACAAUUGGACUCGCUCUUCAGGAGAGAGAAAAGACGUGAAAAUGAACAACUUCAUCACUUACACACUCCCUCAUUCUCUUUGUGGGGUUUUCUGGGAAUGGAUGAUACAGAGACAGGCUUGCACUCUGAACCAGCUUUCCAAGUAAUGACUCGUUGGAAGUCUGGACUGAGAACAUGGAAUGUUUCAGAUGACCUCUGACCUUCUCCGAUGAUUGGUGAGAUUAACUGAAUGGCAUCUUGUGAUUGCUGAAUUCAUGGAUCUCACUCAUGUAAUAGAGGCGUCAUCUAUUGGAGAAUCAAAGAGUGACAGAGAUCUCUCCUGCUUAUCGUGACUGGAUGGUGGAUUCAAGACUGGUGCAGGUUAUGGCUGCACCAGUAUGUGAUAAAUAAGAGGUUUUCUGCAGUUGUUUCAUUUACACCAUUGCUCACCUAGCCUGGACCCUGUUGCUGUUCUGGCACCUAGAACUGUAGACAUGCAGCUCAGUCACUUAUCCGGCUCCAUUUUCGUCCAAUCACCAACUGCUAACUCCAGCUACAACAGGUCCAACUUGUUGGCAAGUGUAAUUACAACUGACUUGUUUACUUCCUGUGCUGUUUUUCCGAAGCAAUCUCACUUUAAUGGACAUUUUUUCGUUUGAAAAACUAUUUCCACCAUGGGUUCUAACCCAGAACAGAACACUUGAUCCGACAUUAUCUGAUGUCAGAGGCUCCACUGGACCACUCCAAGCGGAGACGACCAGGAAGCUAUCCCUCUUGAUCUUCCUAUCAGCUCCUAAGAAAGCCUCCCCCUCUCCCCCCCACUCACUCACUCUGGUGGGGGGAGAGCCUAAGGUGUAGUGCGUAGGGCGUAGCGUGUAGGGCCUAGAACCUCAGCUAGUUAGGCUGUCACCUAGAGCUGCUCCUGGCCCUAGGGGGUCCAUUGAGCCAGCAUGGAGUCAGGCCAGGGCCCAGGUCCUGGCCAUGGUAGCCCUGAGAGCCCCAACAGGGCUGUAGAGUACCUUCUGGAGCUCAACAACAUUAUCGAGAGCCAGCAGAAACUUCUGGAAAGCCAACGGCACCGCAUUGAGGAACUGGAGGUCCAACUGGACCGUCUCAGCCAGGAGAACAAGGACCUGAGAUUAGACAGACGACAGCCCCCCCCUCAUGCCUGCCCUCCGGAGCCCCCGCCUCCUCCCCUGACCAAGACCAACCCGCCCUUGGUAUCCUCAGUGCCCCUCCACCCCACCCAUACCUACAACCACAGCAUGGCCAUGCCCACCCCCACCCCAACCCCUGCUGUACCCACACCGGCGGCUGCUCCACCACCCCCGCCACCCCCGGUGCCGCCUAGGGACCCCAGGAGCCACACCCGUGUGACUCGCGGGGUCUCCAUAGGGGGCACCAACUUCGUGGAGAAGGAGAAGGAGCGUCUGGAGAGGCUCCACAGCGCCAACGCUGCCAACUCGGCCAGCCUGCACAGACAGCCUGAUGGAGUCUCCCACAAGGACAGUGUGGAAGAAGAGCCCCCAUGUCCAGAGACGUUCAGUUUCUCAGACUCCUCCUCCUCCUCCUAUUGCCCCGCCUCCUACCUGGGGGGCCACACUGACCUACGCUACACCUGCCCCGCCAUCCCCCCCGGCCACCAGGGACCCCCCUUCUACGCCCAGGGCCCCCCCUUGGCAACCCCUCCUAGCCCAGCCAGCUUGGCCUGGGCCCAACGAACACGCCAUCAGCCUGCAAGCCUGGCGCUCCGCAAGCAGGAAGAGGAGGAGAGCAAGCGCUGCAAAGCCCUCUCAGACAGCUAUGAGCUCUCCACAGACCUCCAGGAUAAGAAGGUGGAGAUGCUGGAGAGGAAGUAUGGGGGAUACUUCCUGAGUCGGCGCGCGGCGCGGACCAUCCAGACGGCGUUCAGGCAGUACCGCAUGAACAAGAACUUCCAGCGCCUGCGGAGUUCUGCCUCAGAGAGUCGCAUGACGCGCCGCAUCAUCCUCAACAACAUGAGGCUGCAGUACUCCUUCGACGACAGGCAGAACCAAGACCAGGGUCAAGACCAGGACCAAAGCCAGGACCAGGACCAGGGCCAGGACCAGGGUCUGACUAGGUACUCCCACACUGGAGGGCAGCCUGGUGCCACCGAGGGGGGAGACAGGGAGGAAUACUCCCACAUGGAUGAAUCCUUCUCGAAACAGGUCAAGUCCCUGGCCGACUCCAUGGACGACUCCCUCACCUGCCAGUCUGGACAGGAGGACUCUCAGGAGGGCGAUCCUGAGGAGGGAGGCGGGGAGGAGAGGGAGGAAGACUUCAGGGAGCGCGUGUGGGGAAACAACAGCAACACCCCCACCCCCCGUCGGGGUCUGGGAGGGGGCAGAGGCAGGGGAGGGGGCGUGCACGAGGACAGCACAGCGACCACUUACAGCGACGUCACACUCUACAUGGACGAUGGGAUCCCUACCUCCCCCAUGUCCAUGGACCGCCCCCCUAGCAGCACGGACACAGAGUACUGGGGCCUGGGGGUGGGGCGGGAGGACAGCCGGGAGACCGAGGGAGGGGGCAGCAGCACCAGCCGCCGCAGCACCCCCUGUACGGAGUGUCGGGACCACCGGCACCGAGGGGGGGGCCACCUGCCCGUGCUGACCAUCGAGCCCCCCAGUGACAGCUCCGUGGACAUGAGUGACCGGUCUGACCGGGGGUCUCUGAGCCGGCAGCUGCUGUACGAGCAGGAGCAGGAGCCCGGGGGAGGAGGGGGAGAAGGAGGAUGUGGGGGAGGAGGGGGGAUGGGGGCGGGAGGGUCACCUCAAGGCACCAUCAAGGCCAAUCCCAAUGGACGCUCGGUUGCCAUGGCGCAGGGUCAGACGCGCACGCCGUUGGUCCGCCCCCACCCGUCGCCCAUCCCCCCGCACCUCCCCCACCACACCAUCCUCCACCACCACCCUCACCCGCCGAUCCCCCACCCCCACCAUCAGCCUCACCCCCACCUCCCCCCCAUGCACCCCCACCACCCCCUCCACAUGCACCACUACCCUUACCCCGACUCCCCCUCCCCGCAGACCCCUCAGCAGCAGCCUCUCACCCCCAUCCUCUCCUCCUCCUCCUCGCCCUCCAUGUGUGCGAUGGCCCCGGGCCUGGAGCAGCACCUCAUCUCGGACGGAGACAACGAGAGUCUCAACUCCACCACCAACUCCAACGAGACCAUCAACUACUCCUCAGGCUCCUCCUCUCGGGACAGUCUGCGGGAGCCCCUCCCUCCUCUGGGGAAACAGACCUAUCAGAGGGAGUCUCGUCACAGCUGGGACUCGCCCGCCUUCAAUGAUGACGUGGUCCAGAGGCGACAGUAUCGUAUCGGACUCAACCUGUUCAACAAGAAGCCAGAGAAGGGUAUCCAGUACCUGAUAGAGAGAGGCUUCGUGUCAGACACGCCUGUGGGCAUCGCCAGGUUCAUCCUGGAGCGGAAGGGGCUGAGCAGACAGAUGAUUGGAGAGUUCCUUGGCUGCCGACAGAAACAGUUCAACAAGGAUGUGCUGGACUGUGUUCUGGAUGAGAUGGACUUCUCAGGAAUGGACCUGGACGAUGCCCUCCGGAAGUUCCAGGCCCAGAUCAAGGUCCAGGGAGAGGCCCAGAAGGUAGAGAGACUCGUGGAGGCCUUCAGUCAGCGGUACUGUGUGUGUAACCCGGUCCUGAUCCGACAGUUCCAGAACCCAGACACUAUAUUUAUCCUGGCCUUCGCCAUCAUCCUCCUCAACACAGACAUGUACAGCCCCAACGUCAAGCCAGAGAGGAAGAUGAAGCUGGAGGACUUCAUCAAGAACCUCCGUGGGGUGGACAACGGCCAGGACAUCCCCAGGGACCUGCUGAUCGGGAUCUACCAGAGGAUCCAGAAGUGGGAGCUCCGCACCAAUGAUGACCACGUGUCCCAGGUCCAGGCUGUGGAGAGGGUGGUGGUGGGCAAGAAGCCGGUGCUGUCCCUGCCUCAUCGUAGACUGGUGUGUUGCUGUCAGCUGUAUGAGGUGCCAGACCCUAACAGACCCCAGAGAAGUGGGGUCCACCAACGAGAGGUGUUCCUCUUCAACGACCUGCUCAUGGUCACUAAGAUCUUCCAGAAGAAGAAGACCUCGGUCACGUACAGUUUCAGACAGUCCUUUCCUCUGGUCGACAUGCAAGUUCACAUGUUCCAGAACUCCUACUACCCCCACGGUAUCCGUCUGACGUGUGCGAGCCCGGGCAGCGAGAGGCAGCUGCUGAUGGCCUUCACGGCCCCCAGCCAGCAAGACCGAGGGCGCUUCACCUCCGACCUGCGGGAGAGCAUCGCCGAGGUGCAGGAGAUGGAGAAGUACCGCGUGGAGUCUGAGCUGGAGAAGCAGAAAGGCGUGGUGCGUCCCAGCGGCCUCAGCGGCGGAGGAGGGGCGGGGCCUGGCGGCCCAGGAAAUGAAGGGGGCGGGUUGAAGACGGUGGGGGUGAACGGUACCCUGGGAAGGCCCAGUCUGGACGACACCUACGCUGCAGUGGACGGCCUCAAGCGCUCCGCCCUCAGCUCCUCCCUCCGAGACCUGUCUGACACAGGGAAGCGUGGGAGGAGGAACAGUGUGGGCUCCCUGGACAGUGCCAUCGAAGGCUCCAUCAUUAGCAGCCCUCGAUCCCAACAACGCCCCCUCAUGGUGGGAGGCGUCCCCUACGGCCUUGAAGACUACCGGCCUCAUCGCCCCAUCCUGAGCCCCGGAUCUGGGGUGGGGGGUGGGCCGGGGCAGCUUCACAACGCCACAGGGGGGCUGGUGUCCCAUGGGGGCACCCUCUCCAGCAGUGGCAGCAGCGGGGGCCCGGGUGGGGGCAGCGGAGGGAGUGGCGGUUCCUUCCUGGGGAGCCUGUUUGGCAAUCGUCGAGCCAAAGGCCCCCCCGGGCCUCUCAUCCCCCCUGGACCCCACUACCCUGCACCUGUGCCCCCUCCGACCGCAGGGGGGCCGCCCCCACCCUCCCCAUCCGCCCUCAGCCAAUCCGACCCUGGCGGACCCUCCAAGAUCCAAGCUCUGCACGCCCAGUAUUGCCAUGGCAACAGCAGCAGCGCUGGCAGCAGGGUCGCGCAGCAGCCUCCGCCGCCCUACCACCAUCACCACCGCUACCACCACCAGCCCGCGCCCCUGCCCAUGCCCACCAUGCCCACCUCCGCCCAGAACAGUGGCCACCACACCCUUCACAGGGUGACCUCGUCGGGCAAACGCCCUGGGCAGGGGCCCGCGCCCGCUCCCUCUCACGGCCAGCUGGGCCAGCAGCAGCACGGGCACAGCAGCCACGGCAUGGGACAAGGACGCUACUCCUGCACCCCUCCUCCCCUCUCGCCUCACUCCCCUCACUCCCCCGUCCCCCCGCUGUCCCUCUAUCACACACACUCGGUACGAGGGGGUGGGGGAGGGGGGGUCAAACUCCCUCUGACCCUCUCCCACUCUCAGCCCCACCCUCACGCACACUCCCACGCUGUGCUCAGCCACCCCCACAACCACGUCGGCCACGCUCACAGCCCCCACCAGGUGCCCCACCCGUCCCACCAGCCUCACUUCAUCUUCUCCACGCCCCCUCCCCAGACCCCUAUCGCCCGCCACGUGCCCCAGGCCGCCCAGUACGUGCCGCAGUACCCCCCUCUCUCCUCCAUCCCGCCUCCUCCGCCGCACUCCCCCCUUCCUCCGCCUUCGCCCUCGCCCCUCACCCCGCUCUCCCCUCAUCCGCAAGUUGGCCAGGGGGGAGGCGGGGCGGGAGGGGCGGGCAGCUCCAAGUCCAAGCCGGUCAGUCGUAUCAGCACGGUGGUGUGAGGGGGGCCCGGGCAGCAGGGUACCCUGACUGGCAGCAGGGGGCGCUAGUGAGAGCGGAGAGGGCCGGGAGGAGGAGGAGGAGGAGGAGGGGUCAGAUUCAGCUCUACCGACACGGCCGCCUGGCUAGGAGGAGGGGCAGAGGCAGUGGGCAGAGAAACCUGCUGAGCCUCUGUUAUUUUCACCUCCACUGCCCAAACAAGUAGCCUGUCAGGCGGCCAUCACCUGACAACAUGGCCUGGCAGGCUGGGAGCUGACACAGCACACUCUGGAUGAUGACCAGCUGGCCUGACAAACAGCACAUGUACAAACACAGAGACACACAUGUGAGCAGACACGUGGAUGCACAAGGGAACGUCUUCUUCAAUUUCUAUCUUAUCAACUGUCUGAAUCCUCAAGGGGGAUGGAGGAGGAGGAUCCAAUCCCAGCCUCACAGCUGGAUUGGACGACGUGGUUGGUCGUGCUGUGUUUAGUGUUAGCCAAUAGGAGAGAUGUAAAGGAGUGUCUGUGUUUUAGCCAGGCGUAAAUAACCUGCUAGUUUGCCAGAGAGAAGAUUACAGAGGAAGGGUGCCAAACAUAUGAAGCCUAUAUGCCUGUUGUACAGUGGUACACAGGGUAAGCACAGGCCAUAAAAUGGUGGCUCAUAAAGGUCUAGUGCAUUAUGGGAUGUGUAGUUGAUUUAGAAUUAUUUUUCUGCAAUGUGUUGUCCAUAUGUGUCCUUUGAUAAAGCAUGAAACAUAGAGGAGACCAGUGGGAUAGGAUGAGUGUACACUACUCCUUCACCACAGAAAGACAAUGGAACACACACACAUACACACACAUACACAUACACAC